AUGGCCUCUGUGCCGGACGAGUGGGUCCACGCAGACAACGAGAUACAACAGCGCGUGGAGAGCGGCUGGAUCUCGAAGGAUGAAGGUCACAGGCUGCGUACCUUGCUCAAGAUGGGGGAGACGCCCGAACGGAGGCCCAACAAAGAGAGUGAGUUCUGGACGCACACGUCCAACGAAAUGCUCAAGGACUUGCUCUUGAAGAAGGAGCUGCCAACUCCAUGGUCGAAGUUCCUGGCAGCCAUCGGAGUAGCCUGGGUAAAGCGCAAGAUGCGGGAGAGCGACGCCUAUCGCAGCGGCGCGGAGUACAGAAACUCCUUCCCUUUGCUCGACUACAUCGUGCACUCCGACCGCUUCGAGGCAUUCACAGGUGUGGUGAUGUUGGCCAACGCGAUUAUGAUCGGCUUCCAGGUGUCACUGUCCCAGGAGGACAAGGCAGCGGCGGGGAUCUAUACGAUCCUGGACUUCGGCUUCACGGUCUUCUUCGUGCUGGAGUUGUUCGCCCGCUCGCUGCCAGAGGGCUGGCGAUGGUGGUGCAAGGCCUCCAACCUCUUCGACGUGGUCAUCGUGAUGGCCACGAACAUCGUACCCAUUUGGAUCCUGCUGCCGCUGGGCAUCGACAACGCGGUGCUGCGGCCCUUCGCGGUGCUGCGGCUCUUCCGCGUGGUGAAGCUCGGGAAGCUGAUGCGCAAGUACCGGCGCUUGAAGAUCCUGUGGAACCUUUUCCAGGGCAUGAUUGGCAGCGGCCGGAUUCUGAUUUAUACGGUGCUCAUGAUGGGCACCACGUUGUUCAUGUUCUCGGUGGUGAGCGUGGUGCUGAUCACCAAGAACGAGGCCACCAGGGACCACGAGCUGGUGCUGCUCUACUUUCAGACGGUGCCGGAGGCGUUCUUCACGCUCUUCCAGAUUGUGACCCUUGAUAGCUGGACCAGCCUCUCCCGGCCUCUUGGGGAGACCAGUCCGCUGGCCGCCCUGAUCAUUACGGUGAACGUGCUGGUGGUGAACCUGUGCCUCCUGAACUUGGUCACCGCCACCAUCGUGAAUGCCGCCUUCGAGCGCCAGGCGGCGGAUCAUGAGAUGGUGGCACGCGAGCAGAAGGACAAAAACGACCGGCUCAUCAACGAUAUCCAGAACCUCUUCAGUGAGAUGGACACCCGCGGGGAAGGAAAGCUGACCUACGAGGAGUACAUCAAGGCUGUGGAGGGGAACGACCAGAUCCAAACCAAGUUCACCACGCUGGAGAUCGAAGAUGCCGACGAGCUUUGGAAUUUGAUUGACCUCGGCACCGGGGAUAUUGCCGUGGACCAGUUCGCACAAGGCUUGCGCGUCAUCGCGGAAGAGACGAAGGCCAAAGAUGCCUUCACCAUCAACCGCCGCAUCGGCAUUGCCUUAAAGCGCCUGCAGCUCUCUGUGGACGAGAUGGAUCGGCAGUCGCGGCUGGUGGAGCGCUUCGGAAAGGAUAUCUCAGCCAUCACCCAGCAGCUCACCAUGUCCGCCAACGCCAUGGUGAGCUUCAUGCACUCCGUGGAGCGCUGCAUCCCUCGCGCUCAGGUGCUGAUGAACGAGAGGCAGGUGGAGGACCGGCGGCACGAGAUUUUGAACAAGAUUCAGCCCUUGCUGAGCACGGACAUCAGUCAGGUGUCGCGGCUCUUCAACCGGAGCCGCCGGGUCGUGAAGAACACCUGA